GUUUGUAGACUCCUCUUGGAGCGUGCUGGUAGUAGGCAAAUAUUCGGAUUGUCAGGGCUCUGCAACUCUGUAUGUUUACCGCAUCCUUGCCUCUCCUAUCCUUUAUGGCUGCAUCUUGUCCUAAAGUAGCGGACUAUAGGUUCAAAAGAAGAUCACCGUUUGCUUCCCAGCAACCUACGCUCUGUCAGUUUCUCGCAUGUUUCGCGAGGGGACGCACCUGCAUGCGAAGUUGGAAGAUCACGAGCAGCGCCUGAGGAUCGACUUCUCCCAAGGGGUCCAGUAUUUGCAUGUUGGGAAAAACUCUUUAACUUUUGAGCUCCUCGAGAAGCAGACCCUCUCAGCGCCGAAGGUGCUUGGGAAGGGCUUCCUGCUCUUUUCGCAGCUCCCAAGAGAAGUCUUUCCACAAAUGAUCUCCCGACAGGUGGUGCUGCAGGAUGUGGGCCUUUACUGGGGACCCCAACAGGAGCUGAUGGGCAUCAUUCAGGUGAUCCUCCAGUUCCAAUCGGCCCCUUGGACGGCCAACGGCGACGGGCCAAAGGUUUUUUGGGGUUGCGAAGCAAUGGAAGUGUUGGUCGAACGGUGCGUCAAUGCGGCGAGGUCCCGGGAGAUGGAGGGGUUUGUCUAUACGGGGUUUGUCCAGGUUGGCUCAGAAGGCAUUUGGACCCUCCACUCAGAAGGUAUUUGGAGGCCUAGGGAUAGUCUUGGAUAGUCCGGGACUUGCUCAGCCUGCAUCACAUGGUAAUCAGGUACUCUUUGGAGGAAUCAUGGGACCGAGCCACGUGUUGGAUGGUUCAUACUUAACAAACUGAACUUCGUCACGAGUGUUGGCUCCAUUUGCCCUCCGCCUCACCACCGCACUUGUGAAUCGAAGGCGGAUCAUCAGGCUUUCAAUCAUUUGUGAGCUGCACAUGUCGUCGCGAAUCUGCGCCGUGCCAGAUUCAUCCGACACGACUCCAAACGGGUCGAAUCUUCCUUUGAUUUCGGAGCUGAGCCAAUGGAACCGGUUU